AUGUCUACUCAAAUAUUAACCAAGACAUCGACGGAGAUCGAUAUUUUUGACGGAUAUCCAUCUUUCGAGCAAUUGACGCGGGAUGAAGCAGAGAGAAUUAAUGUAUCUCUCCUGUCGCCCUGCGGCCGGUUCAUGGCCCUUGCAAACACAGAGGAAGUGAAAAUUUAUGCAGGCGACAAGCUUUCGAAACUGCUCAUAACGCUUGCGUUGAAAGACGUUUACGAUCUACAUUUUUCGCCCUCGGGAAAUUACCUGAGCACCUGGGAGAGGCCGUCGAUUUCAGAUGCGGAGCAUAAAAACGUUAAGAUCUGGUACUUGAAUGAGGAAUCACCUUCUUCAGAGGCCAAAUUUACUUACCAGGCGAAAGUUCAGAGUGGUUGGGCCCUUCAGUUCACCAAGCUGGACAAUUUUGCAGUGAAGCUGUUUGGCAAAGAGAUCAGAAUUGUUAAGCUUGACUCAGAGAACACAGAGUUCAAUUUCAAUAAACCGUUCAGUAAACUGGUUCCUGAACAACAGAUCUCUAGUUUUUUGAUAUCUCCUUCGGAGCACCCAACCAUUUGCACGUUCGCGCCUGAAAAGGGUGGGAAACCCGCUGUACUGAGCAUAUAUGCCAUUUCAGAGGGCACCAUAGAGAAGAAAAUUGCAUCAAAGACCUUUUUCAAGGCCGACUCUUGUCAGCUCAAGUGGAAUGCGAUGGGCAAUGCAGUAUUGUGCAUGGCAACCACGGACUUUGACUCCUCCAACAAAUCUUACUACGGCGAAAAUACCCUAUACCUACUGUCAUUUCAAGGUGUUAACGGCGCUUUGGGAGGAAAAUCGGUGCGUGUACCUCUUUCCAAAGAGGGACCAGUUCACGAUUUCACGUGGUCGCCCACCUCAAGGCAAUUUGGCGUCAUUUAUGGAUUCAUGCCAGCCACUAUCACCUUUUUUGAUUUGCGCGGCAAUGUCGUUCAUUCUUUGCCCGAGCAGCCGAAAAAUACCAUGCUUUUCUCACCCUCUGGUAGAUAUAUUUUGAUUGCAGGCUUCGGUAAUCUACAAGGUUCUGUCGAAAUUUUGGAUCGUCACGAUAAAUUCAAAUGCAUUUCCAAGUUUGACGCAGCUAACACUUCAGUUUGUAAGUGGUCCCCCGGUGGCGAGUUUGUGAUGACUGCAACAACUUCACCUCGCUUGAGGGUUGACAAUGGUGUGAAAGUAUGGCAUGUUUCUGGCGCCUUGUGUUUUGUCAAAGAAUAUAAGGAGCUUUUGAAAGUCGACUGGAGACAUCCUUUUGCCGCUGACAGAAGUAACACAAGCCAUGUCACCGAUGCCGAAUUAAAGAGCGAGGAUGAUAUCAGCGAUCCAAAGCUUGAAAAGCAGAAUGUCGAGAUACAUCCAUCUGCAUCUGAGUAUUUGGCUAAGCGUCAGAAAAACGGGUCCUCCAAUGGAUCUCAAGCCAAACCAGUCGGUGCUUACCGCCCUCCCCAUGCCCGCAGAACAGGCGGUUCUCCAGUUCCCGGUGCAAGCCUCAAACCAGUCAAAACCAUACCAGGCGUAGCUGCUCCUAGCGUCGUGCCUGGCCUAGGUAGCAAGGAUUCCAAGGCGGCGCUCAAAAACAAGAAAAAGAGAGAGAGCAAGAAAAAGGAGGAGACCCCUGAUGAUGUCAAUGUCCCUGAAGCGGAUCAGCCGAAGGUAAAUAAGGAAGUUUCUCCAGAGGACAAAAAAAUUCGUUCUUUGCUGAAAAAGCUUAGAGCGAUCGAGUCCCUCAAGCAGAGACAGGCAGUUGGAGACAAAUUAGAAGAUACUCAGGUUCUGAAAAUACAAUCAGAAGCCAAAGUGCUUCAAGAACUGGAACUGCUGGGCUGGUCUGAUGAGAAGGAUAAAAAUAAUUAA